AUGCAUUAUCUGGCAUUGGUGAACGGCCCUCUGGUGAUGUGUGGCUCUGGCGAGACUGAGGGGUCAGCCCAGCUGGAGCUCGUGAGAAGGGGACUUGCUCUCUUCCUCACCUACAAGCUCACCACCCAGGCCGGCACGCGCCCCUCCUCCAAGCCCCACCUCCUCACCGCCAAACCCUGCCCCUCCUCCUCCUCCACCACCUCCACUGCCACCGCCGCCUCUCUCGCCCUCGAACCGGCUCUCUCGGCUCAGCUCGGCUCCUCUCUCACAGCGAAUCCCCUCAACGCCACCGCGGGCGCCGCUGCUGGAGCCUCAGCCAGCCUUCUUAACACCUCCGCGGGUGUUGGUGCCACAGUGGGGGCGUCUCUUCCCAACGGAACGGUGGAUGCGGCAGGUGGUGUCUCGGCGUCUACCGGCCUGAUGGGCACAUCUGCUGGUGUUGGCGCUACCAUUGGAGCGUCUCUUCCCAACGGAAUGGUGAACACAGCAGGAGGUGUCUCGGCGUCUACCGGCCUGAUGGGCACAUCUGCUGGUGUUGGCGCUACCAUUGGAGCGUCUCUUCCCAACGGAAUGGUGAACACAGCAGGCGGUGUCUCGGCGUCUACCGCGCUGCUCAACACAUCUGCAGGGGUGGGCGCUGGUGCCGUCGUCUCUCUCCCCAACGGCUCUGUCGCUGCAGCGGGUGAUCUCUCUGCUUCCACCGCCCUCCUCAACACAUCCGCUGGUGUUGGCACCACCGUUGGCGUCUCCCUUCCCAACGGCACAGUCUCAGGAAACGGUUCUCUCGCUGCCUCCACCGGCCUCCUCAACACAUCAGCCGGGGUAGGAGCCACGGCAGGGGUCUCCCUUCCCAACGGCACUGUUGGUGCAACGGGCGGCGUUGCUGCGUCCACGGGGCUGCUCAACACGUCUGCUGGUGUUGGCGCCAGCAUUGGCGCUUCCCUCCCCACCGGCUCUGCCUCAGCAGCAGGCGGCCUCUCUGCCUCCUCCAGUCUCCUCAACACGUCAGCCGGCGUGGGAGCAGGAGUGGGCGUGUCUCUCCCCAAUGGCUCUCUCUCCGGCUCUGCCUCCCUUGGUGCCUCCUCCCCUCUCCUCAACACCUCAGCCGGAGCCGGUGCUGCCGUCAACGCAGGCUCGGGCGGCAUCAACGCCAACCUCGGAGCCUCGGCGAACCUUGGAGGCUCGGUCUCCGGCCUCGUCUCCGGCGUGGGCGGGGCCGUAGGGAGCCUCGUUGGCUCGGUGGGGAACAUGGCAGGCUCAGUGGGCAACAUGGGAGCCUCCGUCGGGGCGUCCCUCUCCCCGAUUGCGGUGCUGAACGGUGCAUGGGUGGGUACCAGUGGUGGCGCCUACGCCAUGGUCGGGCAGACUCGAGUGUCGGCAGCGCUGGCAUCGGCCCUCGUGACCCGCAUUUCCACCAACAUGCCUAUCUUCCUGCAAGUGCGCGUCGGUGCACAGGGCACCCUUGUGGCUCGUAUGAAGUAG